CAAUCAGAUAAAACUCACCAAUGUUUCAAUAGUCCGUCUAAGAAAAGGUGGCAAGCGUUUCGAAAUUGCCUGCUACAAAAAUAAGGUUUUAGAAUGGAGAAACGGAGUGGAGACUGAUCUGGAUGAGGUCCUUCAAAUCAACAAUGUGUUCCUGAAUGUAUCCAAAGGACAGGUGGCUCCAAAAGACGAUUUGCAAAAAGCAUUUAAGACAGAAGAUUUGAAUAAAAUUGUUGGAGAGAUAUUGAAAAAAGGAGAACUUCAAGUCAGUGAAAAAGAGCGAACAUACCAAAUUGAUAAUACAUAUCGUGAGAUUGCUAUGAUUGUCGCAGAAAAAUGUGUAAACCCUGAGACCAAACGACCUCACACAGUUACCAUGAUUGAAAAGGCGAUGGUAGAGAUACAUUUUUCAGUGAAUGUGAAUAAGAGUACGAAAUCACAGGCAUUGGAAGUGAUCAAACAACUUCAAGAGAAAAAAGCGAUUCCAAUUGCACGUGCUCAGAUGCGUCUAAGAAUUACAAUGCCAAAUUCUAAGGAAGCCAAGAAGGUCAAGGAAAAGUUGACGCCUUUAAUUGCGCAUACAGAAGAUGAGAGCUGGGGAGAUGAAUGCGAAUUGAUAUUCUUGAUUGAUCCUGGACAGUAUAGGCGAAGGAGAUGUGAAAUUCUGAAAUCUGAAAUAGAAAAUCAAAGUCAAUUGAAUGUCGUAUGGGUUGAAUCCGCCACACAAUUUGCACCAGAUCACGUGACUGAAACUGUUAUUAUCCUCGAUUUAAAUGGUGGACUCAUCUAUCAAAAAGAUUUCAAUGAAGGACUGGCGCACUUGACUUCAAAUGAAUACUUGGUUCUAGCGGGUACCUUCCACGGGGUGCACGCUAUAACCUCAAAAAUUUCACCGGUCAAAAAUUCAACGUCUACGGGUUUAGAAGUAUUGGAAGCCGAUACCUUUAAAUUACACUGUUUCCAGACAUUAACAGGUACGAAAUUUUUGAUGCUUUCCGACCUAACGCAACCAAGCAUCGAUUCGACGCUUCGUCGUGCUUAUGACAUUUAUAGCGACUAUGUUAUGAAAAAUCCUUUUUAUACACCCGAAAUGCCAAUUCGUAGCGAAUUGUUUGAUCUAAAUCUGCAAAAGUUGAUUAAACAAGUUGGUGGAAUGUGA